ACGAAAGGUCAAUAUUGUAAUUUCAGGAUACUCCCCCUUUUUCUUUUCUAAAAUCCACUUUAUUUUUCUUUUUUUUUUUGAUUUUUCUUUCGGAAAACCACUUUACGAAGGAAUCAUCGACUCGGUUUUUUCAUAAAUCCGCCAUAGAUCCGACACAAUACCGCCACAUCCGGGUUCGAAUCGCCCAGCUCGGUUUUACGCGUUGCAGCUGAGUGUUCAUUUUUCUUCUCCGUCUUCUUCUCCCUUUGCCAUGCUGUUUCAGGCUGAUUAGGGCUCAAGCUUUUGGUUUCGGAAAUCUGAAUCCUCUCCUUUAGGAUUUGAAUAUGGCUAGGGUUUAUAGUAACUGGGACAGGCUGGUUCGAGCCACCUUACGAAGAGAGCAAUUGAGAAGUUCAGGCCAAGGCCAUGAGCGUGUUAAUAGCGGACUUGCCGGAGCAGUUCCGCCUUCACUUGGACGAGCUACGAACAUCGACGCCAUCUUACAGGCUGCUGACGAGAUUCAGUCCGAGGAUCCCAAUGUCGCCAGAAUUCUAUGUGAGCAAGCGUACUCUAUGGCACAGAACUUGGACCCUAACAGUGAUGGUAGAGGUGUUCUUCAAUUCAAAACUGGUUUGAUGUCGGUGAUUAAGCAAAAACUUGCCAAGAGAGAUGGAGCUUCAAUAGACCGCAAUCGUGAUAUUGAACGGCUGUGGAAGUUUUACCAACUUUAUAAAAGACGGCAUAGAGUGGAUGAUAUCCAAAGGGAAGAGCAAAAAUGGAGAGAAUCAGGAACAAAUUUUUCUUCGAAUGUGGGGGAGAUCUUGAAGAUGAGGAAGGUCUUUGCCACAUUGAGGGCCUUAAUUGAAGUGUUAGAGCUUGGGCGAAUUAAAAAAGCCGAUGCCACUUUGUCUGCGGAACUAACUCCGUACAACAUUGUCCCUCUAGAAGCACAGUCCAUGACCAAUGCAAUUGGGGUUUUCCCUGAAGUCCGUGGUGCAGUACAGGCGAUUAAAUAUACUGAACAUUUCCCUAAGCUUCCUGAUGAUUUUGAGAUUUCCGGACAACGUGAUGCAGACAUGUUUGAUUUAUUGGAGUACAUCUUUGGGUUUCAGAGAGAUAAUGUAAGGAACCAACGGGAGCAUCUGGUUCUUACACUUUCAAAUGCACAGUCUCAGCUUAGUAUACCUGGCCAGAAUGACCCAAAAAUUGAUGAGAAAGCAGUCAAUGAGGUUUUCUUGAAGGUUUUGGAGAACUACAUCAAGUGGUGCAAAUACUUGAGGAUACGCCUUGUGUACAACAAGUUGGAAGCCAUUAACCGGGACAGGAAGCUGUUUCUUGUUUCUUUGUACUUCCUAGUCUGGGGCGAAGCUGCUAAUGUCCGAUUUCUUCCAGAGUGUAUCUGCUAUAUUUUUCACCAUAUGGCCAAGGAAUUGGAUGCGAAAUUGGAUCACGGAGAAGCUAUCUGUGCUGACAGUUGCUUAACUGAGACUGGUUCUGUAUCAUUUCUUGAGCGAGUUAUCUCUCCCAUAUAUGCAGCAAUGUCAGCGGAAACUGUUCGAAACAAUAAUGGGAAAGCUGCGCAUUCUGAAUGGCGGAAUUAUGAUGACUUCAAUGAAUACUUCUGGACACCUGGUUGCUUUGAGUUAAGCUGGCCUAUGAAGCUAGAGUCGCGAUUUUUAACUGGGCCCAAAGGGCGGAAAAGGACUGGUAAAAGCAGCUUUGUUGAGCAUCGGACAUACCUUCACCUUUUCCGAAGUUUUCACCGACUUUGGAUCUUCAUGGUUAUUAUGUUCCAGGCUUUGACGAUUAUAGCCUUCAGAAAAGAGCAGCUCGAUUUAGAUACUUUCAAGAUCUUACUCAGUGCUGGGCCUACAUAUGCUAUAAUGAACUUCAUUGAAAGUCUUCUCGAUGUUGUCCUUAUGUAUGGUGCCUACAGCAUGGCAAGAGGAAUGGCUAUAUCCAGGGUAGUUAUCAAGUUUUUCUGGUGGGGCUUGGGAUCAGUAUUUGUGGUAUAUCUUUACGUGAAGGUUCUGCAGGAAAGAACUAAACGAGACCCAAAUGAGUUCUUCUUCCGCUUAUACAUUCUUGUAUUGGGUUGUUAUGCCGCUGUUCGCCUCAUCUUUGGACUUUUAGUCAAACUUCCAGCAUGCCAUGCCCUGUCAGAAAUGUCAGAUCACUCUUUCUUCCAGUUUUUUAAGUGGAUAUAUCAGGAACGAUACUUCGUUGGUCGUGGCCUCUUUGAGAACAUAAGUGACUAUUGCAGGUAUGUGGGGUUUUGGUUGAUUGUCCUGGCCUCCAAGUUCACAUUUGCAUACUUUCUCCAGGCAAGAAUGUUUUUACUGCUAUAUAUUUUUGCUACUGCACAUAUUGUCCUGGCCUCCAAGUUACAUUUGCAACCUAUCAAACCACUCGUUAAACCCACCAACACUAUCAUUGAUCUUCCUUCGUUUCAAUAUUCAUGGCAUGAUAUUGUCUCAAAAAGUAACAAUCAUGCGUUGACCAUAGUUAGCUUGUGGGCUCCAGUUGUGGCGAUAUAUCUUAUGGAUAUUCAUAUAUGGUACACACUCUUGUCUGCAAUCAUUGGUGGCGUGAUGGGAGCUAAAGCUCGUCUAGGCGAGAUACGUUCCAUUGAGAUGGUUCAUAAGCGUUUUGAGAGUUUCCCAGAAGCUUUUGUUCAGAACCUCGUCUCUCCUGUUGUGAAAAGAGUACCAUUUGACCAACAUGUUUCUCAGGAUGGUCAAGAUAUGAACAAGGCAUAUGCUGCAAUGUUUUCCCCGUUUUGGAAUGAGAUAAUAAAAAGCUUGAGAGAGGAAGAUUAUAUCAGUAACAGGGAGAUGGAUUUGCUUUCAAUACCCAGUAACACGGGGAGUCUAAGACUAGUCCAGUGGCCCUUGUUUCUUCUCUGCAGUAAGAUUUUGGUCGCCAUUGAUUUGGCCAUGGAGUGCAAAGAAACACAGGAUUUACUGUGGAGACAAAUAUGCGACGAUGAAUACAUGGCGUAUGCAGUUCAGGAGUGCUAUUAUAGCGUUGAAAAAAUAUUGAAUUCCAUGGUUGAUGGUGAAGGGCGACGUUGGUUGGAAAGAGUUUUUCAAGAGAUCAGCAACAGUAUACAAGAGGGUUCCCUUGCUAUAACUCUAAAUCUUAAGAAGCUUCAAUUGGUCGUUUCCAGAUUUACUGCGUUAACUGGACUUUUGAUUCGACAAGAAACUCCAGAUCUUGCAAAAGGUGCUGCAAAAGCUAUGUUUGACUUUUACGAGGUGGUCACGCAUGACCUUCUUUCACAUGAUUUGAGGGAGCAGCUCGAUACAUGGAAUAUUUUAGCACGGGCUCGAAAUGAAGGGCGUCUCUUUUCUAGGAUAGAGUGGCCUAGGGAUCCAGAAAUUAUAGAGCAGGUGAAGCGGCUACACCUUCUUCUUACUGUGAAGGAUGCCGCUGCUAACGUCCCAAAAAAUCUUGAAGCAAGGAGAAGAUUGGAGUUUUUCACAAAUUCUUUAUUUAUGGACAUGCCUCAAGCAAGGCCAGUUGCUGAAAUGGUACCAUUCAGUGUCUUCACCCCAUACUACAGUGAGACAGUGAUCUAUAGCUCUUCAGAACUGCGAAGUGAGAAUGAAGAUGGGAUAUCUACUCUUUUUUAUCUUCAGAAGAUAUUCCCUGAUGAGUGGGAGAACUUCUUGGAGAGGAUUGGCAGGUCCGAUUCAACAGGGGAUGUAGAUCUUCAAGAAAGUGCAACUGAUGCUUUGGAGCUCCGGUUUUGGGUAUCUUUUCGGGGGCAGACUUUAGCAAGAACUGUACGAGGUAUGAUGUAUUACCGAAGGGCUUUGAUGCUCCAGAGUUUCUUAGAAAGACGAGGCUUGGGAGUGGAUGAUGUCUCCCUGACCAAUAUGCCACGAGGGUUUGAAUUGUCACCUGAAGCACGAGCUCAAGCAGACCUGAAAUUUACGUAUGUUGUGUCAUGCCAAAUUUACGGGCAGCAGAAACAGCAAAAGAAACCAGAGGCUACUGACAUCGCACUCUUAUUGCAAAGAUACGAGGCCCUUCGAGUCGCUUUCAUACACUCCGAGGAUGUUGGAGUUGAAGGGAAAAAAGAAUUUUACUCUAAGCUAGUGAAGGCUGACAUACACGGAAAAGAUCAGGAAAUUUAUUCAAUUAAACUCCCCGGAGAUCCUAAACUUGGAGAAGGAAAGCCUGAGAAUCAAAAUCAUGCGAUCGUUUUCACGCGUGGAGAAGCCAUCCAGACCAUAGACAUGAAUCAGGAUAAUUACCUAGAGGAGGCCAUCAAAAUGAGAAAUCUACUUGAGGAGUUUCAUGGAAAACAUGGAAUUCGACGUCCUACUAUUUUGGGAGUUAGAGAACAUGUUUUCACGGGAAGUGUUUCAUCAUUGGCGUGGUUUAUGUCCAAUCAAGAAACCAGUUUUGUGACUUUGGGUCAACGUGUUCUAGCAUAUCCACUUAAAGUUCGAAUGCACUAUGGGCACCCAGAUGUGUUCGAUAGAAUAUUUCAUAUAACUCGCGGAGGAAUCAGCAAAGCAUCCCGUGUUAUUAACAUCAGUGAAGAUAUAUAUGCUGGAUUUAACUCGACACUCAGGCAGGGAAAUAUCACCCACCAUGAGUACAUUCAGGUUGGUAAAGGAAGAGAUGUAGGACUCAACCAGAUUGCCCUAUUCGAAGGGAAGGUAGCGGGUGGAAAUGGAGAACAAGUUCUAAGUAGGGAUGUCUACAGAAUUGGGCAGCUGUUUGACUUUUUUAGGAUGAUGUCGUUCUACUUCACAACAGUUGGAUUCUAUGUCUGCACAAUGAUGACCGUCCUUACUGUGUACGUCUUUUUAUAUGGAAGAGUUUAUCUGGCCUUUUCUGGUGCUGAUAUUGCCAUCUCAAGAGUAGCCAAAUUGUCCGGUAACACUGCAUUGGAUGCUGCGCUAAAUGCACAAUUUUUAGUCCAGAUUGGAGUCUUUACUGCCGUCCCUAUGGUUAUGGGUUUCAUACUUGAACUUGGGCUGCUGAAGGCUAUUUUCAGCUUUAUUACAAUGCAAUUUCAGCUGUGUUCCGUCUUUUUCACAUUUUCUCUCGGCACAAGAACUCAUUACUUUGGACGUACUAUCCUUCACGGUGGUGCAAAGUAUCGAGCAACUGGCAGAGGCUUCGUGGUUCAGCACAUCAAGUUCGCCGAUAAUUACAGGCUUUAUUCUAGAAGUCAUUUUGUUAAAGCUUUUGAAGUAGCUCUACUGCUGAUAGUCUACAUUGCCUAUGGGUAUACAGACGGGGGUGCCGUUUCAUUCGUUUUGCUCACUCUUAGCAGUUGGUUCCUUGUAAUCUCCUGGUUGUUUGCACCCUAUAUCUUCAAUCCUUCUGGAUUCGAAUGGCAAAAGACUGUCGAGGAUUUUGAUAACUGGGUCAGUUGGCUUAUGUACAAAGGUGGAGUGGGAGUAAAGGGAGAGCUCAGUUGGGAGUCGUGGUGGGAGGAAGAACAGAUGCAUAUCCAAACACUAAGAGGACGGAUUUUGGAGACCAUUUUGAGCUUGAGGUUCCUCAUGUUUCAAUAUGGCAUCGUGUACAAGCUCGAUCUCACUAUGAAAAACACCUCACUUGUGCUCUAUGGCUACUCAUGGAUCGUAUUGGUUGCAAUUGUGCUUUUGUUUAAGCUAUUCUGGUAUAGCCCGAGGAAGUCGAGCAGCAUUCUUCUGGCGCUGCGUUUUCUACAGGGAGUGGUUUCACUCACAUUCAUCGCCCUCAUCGCUUUAGCCAUCGCGUUAACAAAUUUAUCCAUUCCAGACAUGUUUGCAUGUGUCCUCGGCUUCAUCCCGACCGGUUGGGCAAUACUGUCUCUAGCCAUUACAUGGAAACGGGUGAUCAAACUCUUUGGCUUGUGGGAAACAGUACGUGAGUUUGGACGUAUCUAUGAUGCUGCGAUGGGUAUGCUCAUAUUUGCUCCGAUUGCUCUGCUUUCGUGGUUCCCAUUCAUCUCCACGUUCCAGUCUCGUCUCCUCUUCAACCAAGCCUUCAGUCGCGGACUCGAGAUCUCCAUUAUCCUCGCCGGAAACAGAGCGAAUGUUGAAACCUGAUUAGAGAAAGAGAGAGUUUAGUGUGGAAGUAGAAGAGACCUAAGGAGUUACUAAUAGGCCAUUUUGUUUGUUGGAAUGUAAAAUGAGCUUUGUAGAGUUUGUUAGGACUGUCAUUGAAAGCUCAUCGACUUGGAUUUUUUUUAUCUCUUUUUGUAAUCUUAUUUUAUGUUUUCUCUAAGCUCAAAUCUUGUGUGUUUAUUUAGCCUUGACUAUUGAUAACUUGAUUUUUCUCAAAUUGAGAUAUGUUUGUUUUCUGAAAAUCUUUGAUCUUCUGGCUCAAGACUUUUACUAGCAUUUCCUCA